UAUACAUACAUAUGUAUGUGUACGAAUUCAUUAAAUUCAUGUUUUCGGAAUUCCUAAAUAAAGGGUGGAGAAAAUAACGACGUUUACAGACUCCCAAGUGUACAUGUGUCGGUGUUUGUUUGUAUUUUCAGCGUCAUUGUUGUCGCCAUUCUUAUCAACCCAACGUUAUAUACGCGACUUCUUCCGCUGCGGUGAACAGUUCAACGCCAGCAAUUUAAAAAUAAGCACAAAAUUUCUCUGAGCGCUACGACAACGAUUGUUAACUUAUACAAUUAUAUUAUUAUUAAAAUUAAUUCAGUUCAAUAGUAAAAAAAAUCGGUUUUAAUUGCGGCGAAUUGAUUUGGGCGAUAUAUUUAUUGGGUUCAUUUAUGGAAAAUGGUAUCACUUCCGUUGGUUUUGUGAAUUGCUUCCUGUCGUAGUAGUAUGACAAUUCCAUCACGUCCUGCACCUGCGCCUCCAGUGGCGCGUGGUCAAAGUGCUGCUGCCGGUGCCAAUGCUAGUAUCGAGCAGCUGCGCCGUCAACUUCAUCAGCAACAGCUGCAGCAGCAACAGAAUGGUGGCGUCCAGAAGUUAGCCAUAAGUUUACCGCCACCACCAAAAGGUCCCACCUCUGCCAUGUCAAUGGCCAGUCGUAACAACAGCAUCAGUAGCAACAAUAACUACAACAGCCACCAAUCAGCGAUAACACGCAAAUUUCCACAAGCACGCUACACGCCCACCACAAACUGGGAUGAUGAUCCAUUUCGCAUUAAUGCGUCAUCAGCCACCAAUACAAAUGGUAAUUGCAAGAAAGUGCCACCACCACGUCCGCCGCCACCCAAAGUGCAGGUGAAUGGCCGCAAAGCUCCACUGCCGCCUUCGACGCACUCAACAAAAUUGUUAAGCAACAUAUUCAGGAGCAAGAAAAACAGCAACAGUAGCAGCAGCAACAACAAUAACAAAGCAAGUAAAAUAUAUGGUGUCAGCAGUGGUGUCUACGCCACCAACAAUGUCGCAGUUACAACAACAACCAACAGCAGUAGCAGUAACACAAACGCCUGGGCUGCUGUCACUUCCACUGCAGUAAAUGGCAGCAGCGGCGGCAACAGUUGGCAGGCGAACUGGAACAGCAGUUACACAUCGACGUCGCUUACGUCUUUGGCUGUUGGCAAUAGCAACGCAAGUGCGUCCGGCGUAGCGGAAGCACAGCUUAUCAGUUUCGACUCGCCGCCAAGUUCGCCAACAUUUACACAGAAAUCGAAUAGUGAUUGCCUCAGCGUCGAUAGUUUCAGCUCCGAUUCGAAUUUCAGUUCGCCCAACAAUGGCAGCGUCUCUCAACCGGAAAGUGGCUUCGAGGAUGAUUUCAGCGCGCGCAGCCGUCCAGCCACAACGAGUCCCCUCGAUCCAUGGGAGGCUUUCGAUAGCGGUUUCAACACUGCUACCGAUAGUAUUUACGGCAGCACAGCCGCUACGAGUACCAUUGGCACUGCGCCAGUACGCAAUCUCAACACAAUCAACACACGCAUCCAGUCCAGCAACGACAAUCCGCUUUGCAAUGGCAAGAGUCUUUUACCGCCGACGCCCACUCUUAGUGUGCCAACGAUUAUCAAACCGAAAAUAUCGCAGAAGCCACGUGCGCCCAAGCCGCCAGUGCUGCCGAAGCCGCAGCUAGCGUAUGGUGGCGAAGAUACGCCACCAACACCGCCAUCACCACCCAUGCCGCUGUGUGCGCCACCACCGCCACCAAUAAGCGUUUCAUUACUGGACGUGAUAUCGGGAAAAGCAGAUGCACUGCAACUGGGAGGUGGUGGUUCAUGCUUUGGCAGCGGUAUGGAGGAAACGAGACCAUAUGGCGUGGCUUUGUACGACUUCGAAGGUAUCGAAGAGGGUGAUCUUAAUUUUAGGGAAAAUGAGAAAAUCUACUUACUGGAACAGAUGAGCGCCGAAUGGUAUCGUGGUCGUACGCGCUCUGGCUGUGAAGGUAUCUUUCCAGUAAACUAUAUCGAUGUAAAAGUGCCAUUGGAUGAGGUGGCGUCGACGAUGGCUCCUGGUAGCCAACAACAAAUAAGCAAACCGUUACGCGUAAGAUGUCUUUACAAUUUCCCAGCUGAAUGCGAUGGUGACUUGGCUUUGAAGGUAAGCAAAAGAAAGGAGUUAUUGGCAUAUAUCGGCGGUGCAUACGAAGAAAAAUGCGCGAUUAUUUUUACGGCGAAAAGGGACGCGUAAAAUAAAUAAGACGCCUAGA